AUGCCUGCCAUCAAAAAAGGAAACGCUGCUCUUCGGAUCGAUUUGGCUGCACCUGAAGGCUGGACCUUCGCGCCAGGUGACACGGUGAUCGGGGAUGUGGUUCGCUGUUCUUCGAUUGUCACCUCCAAUGCAGACCUCAAGGUGUAUCUUAGAGGCCGGAUACAGACAACCAGGACCAACCUGAGUAAUGGAAAUCGGUACGCGGCUGAUACGAAGCAUACUGCCUACGCUCAAAAUGUUGCGUCUGAGCAAAUUCUACUUUCAAAACGAUAUCCUGUGUUUGAAGGGCCUUUGCAUAUCCCAGAUGGUGGAGAUCCAGUUUCUUGGUCAUUUACAACAGAGAUUACUCCCGAUCCUCCAAGAACAAUAUAUGGGAAUAUCGAUAUCUUCUACGGUUAUCUGCCAGGCUCGACCCUUCCCGGGAGUUCCGGCUCGGUAGCGUUGAUUGAAUAUUUCCUUGAGGCUGAACUACGAUAUUGUGAAGAGGGUCAAUCUGGUGAGAAAAUAACUACCGCUCUUGAGCCCAUUACAUUGAGGCAUCGGCCUCUACACGAAUUUCAUGAGUUCGGAAUCGCACAGCAAAUAAUCGAGCGCAAAGUUCGAAGUCACCACUUGCUUCCAGAAUAUCGACCCUCCGCCUUAACUAUGAAGCAAAAGGCACAGCAAAUAUUUGGCUCAUCCAAAGUACCCGAGGUUCAUUUUCAGGUCGAGGUUUUCUUGCCGAACACUAUACAACUUGAUAACCCAUCUUUUCUCCCUAUGAACUUGAUCGUUCUCCAGAAGAAACGUACAAGUAACGAGAUUAGGAAUGUUGGAAGAAAAGCCUGGAUCAAUUCAAUCAAGCUUUCUCUUGAUACGUUUACAAUUGUGAAGAAUCAUGGAGCUUCUCUGGAAGCUGGAUUCAGUCAACCCACCAACUCUGCCACUUCAUUCCCUGCCAAGUUUGUCGGGACCAGUUCCGUCGCUCAGGAUCUCCAUCUGGAGAAAGCCAUCCAGGAUGCUAAUAUAUUCCCUUUGGAACUGAUUGUUAGUGAUGAUCCUAUUGAUCUGGGAAGUAUGCUCCAAUUGAUUCUCCACUCAGAUGGGCUCAGUAUGAGAGGGAUGCGGCUUCAAAAAGUAUUGCCAAUAACACCGAGUCUUGAUGUGUAUAAUAUUCGGUAUAUGAAUUGGCUAAAGGUGGAAUUAUCACUCACCAUGGCCAACGAGAGGUUCAAUUUGGAUACCAGGAUACCUGUGAAGAUAUUAGCCGCAGAAUGA